CAACAAGAGCUUAGUGCCCGUAGAACAGAAACCUUUGCGAGAAGAAAUGGCUCAAUUAUCGCUUGCUGAUGUUGACAGUGUGGUGGAGCUACCCACUGACAGCUUCAAGGCCUCGAUAACGCCUGAUAAGACGUUUUUGAACGACAACCCAGAUUGGCUCGCUGCACGGAAGCUGGUGGACCAAUCACCACACGAGUUUGCGCCCUGGAACUCGCUGGUAACCAUUACGGAACAGCUGUUAACGAAAUACCCUACACCUUCACAAGCGGUGAAGGAUGUCAUCACGUCGACUUUUGAUGAGCUUUUGACGAGGUUCCCGUUGUUCUUUGGGUAUUGGAAGAAGUAUACCUCGUUACAAUACCAGAUGAAUGGGCUAGAUGAAAGCAUCAAAGUGCUGUCUCGGUCGCUAGUGGCGUUCCCUAGUUCUGUGGAUCUGUGGGUAGACUACUUGACGAUUCUUGUAUCCAACUGUCAGGACAAGUCCAAGAUCAAGCUGGAGUUCGAGACAGCUAUUAGCAAUGUGGGACACCACUUCCUGUCACAUGAAGUAUGGGACAAGUACAUCGAGUGGGAACAAGGGCAGAAUAACUCUCUGGAAGUGAUCAAGAUCCUGCUCAGAGUUAUUCGUAUUCCUCUACAUCAAUAUUCGAGGUACUAUCAGAGCUUCAACACUAUGAGACAAACAAUAUCUGCUCAACAGCUUCAGAAGUUGGAUAAGGAGCUUGAAUCUGCUACUGGAGUUGACGAAUAUUACAAUACCAUCUUUCUCCAAACCCAGGAAUACGUCAGUGCUAUAUGGCCGUUUGAGUCACAGAUUAAGCAGCCGUAUUUCAACAUCACACCCUUGUCUGACGAGGAGGUGGACAUAUGGGACUCUUACUUGAACCUUCUGAUACAAAGACACUCCACUGAUGCCUCUCCUCUUAAUAAGGAUCAAACAGUGGCGACGUUUGAAAGAGCCAUUGUUCCUACAGCACUGGCAUCGAAAUUUUGGUUCAAAUACUUGUCAUGGUACAUCACAAACUAUUCAGAUGAGUUCGAGCCUCUUAACAACAUUUAUAGAAAGAUACUAGAUGUAUUUCUACCUGUUUCCAUGACACUGAAACUGAGGCUGAACUACGCCUCGUUCCUAGAAUUCCACAACAGAGACACUCAAACAGUUGCAGAGGUUUAUCUCGGCAUCAUGAAGCACGCACACUCAAAGAACGACUAUGAGCCUGUGUCCAGAACAGAGAAUGACUUUACCAAGGUGGCCAAAUGGCUUGAUUCUGUUGUGACGGUGUUCUAUAAACCUCAAACAGCUUCAGACAUUGGUAUAAAGAGAUUUGCUACGCUGUUGAAUACCAGAACCAUAGUCAUUCCCAUUAUUGAGCUGAUCAACAUCAACUGGAUUCAUCUAAAGAACGACUCCAACGUUAGAAAAUAUUUGGCUCAGUUCUCCCUGGCUGAAGAUCUCUUUGGAAGCUCUCCAUUUUGGACUUUGAAGUACAAGUACUUCAAGUACUAUAGGGACUACCAGGAACUCGAGCAAACUGUUGCAUUCAUCAAAGACAAGUCGUCUUUGCCUUUAACUGUCAUCAAUGCCAUUCUUCUGGACUACACAGAUGUCCUAGCACAACAGGUGCCCGAAUCCCUAUCGACGCAAAGUGCCUACGAGACGAUAAACUCCUUGGAGUACUUCGUCUCUAACCCAUUCUCCUCGAGAUAUGAACAGGAUGAACAGUUGAAGAAGAGACUAUGGCAGGAGAGUGGCCAUGCUGCCGUUUCCAUACAGAAACCGUUCAUAGUGAACAGUGUACUGUCUAAAAACUGUGGCACUACAAUGAGUGUAACGGAGCCAUUGAAGAGGGCAGCAUCGCCAGUGAGAGCUGGUGAAGGAGCUAUCACUCCAGUUCAUAAGAAGCAAGACACCUCCGAGAAUAAGCCCGUCAAGAAACAACACCAUCAGAAGAAGCGUAAAUACAAGGCCAAGAACGUUGAUCCUACCUCUCCGAGUGGUGUGCUACAGUUUGAAAUUGAACAGAUUCUUGCCGAAAGGGAGAUCACCGAGAGUGAUAUUCAGAACGAUAUCAGUGGUGUCUUGAACGAUGAAUCUAUUGCCGCCCAGUACCAUCGUAACGUGACAGAUGUUGAGAUCAUUGCGCUAACGUCCAACGCUGAAGGGUUGGCUCUGAUUGCCAACCCACUGGAUCCUAAAAAGCAGCAGGUUGUCAUUGUUCCAUUUGCCAUUACUGGCGAUGUCUGUGAAAUCCGUGUCUUCAAGACACAUCCUAACUACGUCGAGAGUGAUCUCCUCAAGAUUCUUAAACCAUCUCCUGAAAGACAGGAUGAGCUGAUACGAUGCCGUUAUUUCGGCAAGUGCUCAGGAUGCCAGUAUCAGGAGUUGCCAUAUGCUACUCAGCUUGAGUACAAGCGUCGUACAGUGGAAAAUGCGUACGCACAUUUGGCACCUGAUCUCUUAAAGCAGGGGAAGUUGCCAGAAAUUGGUGAGACCGUUGCAUCUCCAAAGCAGUUUGGCUAUAGAACUAAGCUGACUCCACAUUUUGACCUUCCAAGAAAGAAGACGUUAACCUACAGACCAACUCUCGGAUUUGGCUCAAAGGGCAAACCAACCUGGAGAGACACUGACGGUGGAGACUCCGGUGUUGUCGAUAUUGAAGAGUGUAUCAUAGGUACUCCUAUCAUCAAUGUUGGUAUGGCCAACGAAAGACGUCAGUUCGAGCAGGAUUGGAAGAAGUAUAAGAAAGGUGCCACGAUCUUGUUGAGAGAGCACACCAGAGUAGCCACGGAGAGUUGCAAUACUAUAGAAUUCAAUAAUGAACAGGAAGGUUCCAGAGACGAAGCCGGUAACGUUAGUGUUAUUGUUGAUAAGAACGGUGAUGACGUGCUUGUGAAGUCAUGUGUUACAAACACCAGACAAAUCGUCACUGAGUACAUCAAUGGGUUCACAUUUGAGUUCUGUGCCGGCGAGUUCUUCCAGAAUAACAACUCCAUUCUACCUAUUGUCACUGAGUAUGUCUGCUCAAACCUACAGAUCCCUCGCAAAGAAGGAGACCCCCUCUAUCUGGUCGAUGCUUAUUGUGGCUCCGGUCUCUUCAGUAUCACAGCAUCAAAGGGUGUUGAUAGGGUCGUUGGAGUGGACGUUUCAAAGGAAUCCAUCAAAUUUGCUACAAAGAACGCUGAGAGAAACGGUGUCAAGAAUGCCACCUUCAUCGACGGCCAAGCCGAAAAGAUCUUUGGCUCCAUUGAUACCCCAAGCGACUUGACUUCAGUGAUCAUUGAUCCUUCAAGAAAGGGAUGCGACGAGGUUUUCUUGAACCAAUUGUCCGAUUACAGACCAGCUAGGGUAGUGUAUGUCAGUUGUAAUGUUCACUCACAGGCAAGAGAUAUCCAGUGGUUCUUGAACAGCACGAAAAAUGGUGGAGAGUACAAGGUGGAGAGCAUUAGAGGAUUUGAUUUCUUCCCACAGACACACCACGUAGAAGGUGUUGCUGUUCUGAGUAGAAUUUAG